AUAUCCACGCAACUAACUCAGCAAUUCACACAAUAUAAACCCUAAGGAAAAAAAAUCCCCAAAUUUCCCUCAAAAUUAAAAAAUAAAUUCUCCAGCGUGUUCUCUGAUUCUCCUCGCUGCUUCUCCAUUGAAGCUCUCUGUUUCUUGUUUCUUGUUUCUGUUUUUCUCUCUAUAGGCUAAGUUUCCAGUUUGUUUGAUUAUCCUACCGGGUGCUUGUGGAUAUGGGGAUAGAAAAAGAGCAGAGUAGCGGAGCCCAAAGAGGUCAAGUAGAGGAAAAAAGGAUAUUAAUGCUGGCACUGAACUCUGAAAGGGUGGAUGAUAGGCUAGAAGAUGGAACCAAAAGGCUUUCCGUUGGACUUACAGAUUUUCACUUGGUGGAUCUCAAGCAGAAUGAAUUACGAGUAUCUCGUUGUCGCUUUCCUUCACUAAUCAUGGUUGAGUUUACAGAUGCCAUGAUGUCGUUGAACGAUAAAUUCCUCUACAUAGUAGGAGGUGUGACACCUCCUACAGCACGAUCACCUGAAUUCCAGCAACUCCAACUUGCAUCUCCCUUAUCCAAUCGUACACACUACUUUGGUGGUUCUAGUCUUGACAUGUCUAAUGAGGCUGCAGUGUGGUGCCCAGCUCCUGUCUUCAUUGAGGGUCCCACUACUUCCAACUAUGUUAGCUUUCUUGGCAAGAUUUACAACUUUGGAUCUGAUCGCCUUGAGCCCGAGGUUCUUGACCCUGCUGCUGUCGGCCACUGUAAUAAGCCAAUCAGCCCUAUCCCUAUCCCUGAAAGCCUUGCUGGUUGUAGUGUGUCUGUUCCUGCAGUUCCAGACCCAUCCAACAAACGCAUUCUUAUGCGCCUUUAUGGUGGUCCCUUUUCAUUGUCGUCCCUGUAUGCUUUCACUCCAGAUGAUGGUGAGGAUGGUAUUGGGACGUGGGAUUGUCUUGCCUCUGAUUUUCAAGUUUGGGCUGACUCUUCCGUUGUUGUUAAUGGUGUGAUAUACCUUCACAGCCGUAAAUUCCCAUCUCUUCUUUGUGCUUUUCAUAUAGACAAAAAAAAAUGGUUGAAAGUCUGGUGGGAUUCGUGCUUUAAGGACAAGGACAAUAAUAAUCUUGAUAUGAAUGGCGAAAGGAUAUACUUCGAUGCAAUGCUUCAUUUAGGCAACAAUAUUUUGUGCUUUGCUGGUUGGACACCCGUAUAUCCUUCGCCUGCUGUAUGUACUCUUGAAAUUGUCUUUUUCAAGUUCGAAGUGUUAGUCACUGGUGAAACUGUAAUCAUCAAGGCCUGCGACUCCUACUCAUAUUACCUUCCAAAGACUAAAGAUGUGCUUCGUUUCCUCUCUAUUAGCAGGGUCGGGUAGGCUAGCGUGGUGCUGGUGCUGGUCGCGAGGAAGGGGAAGAGUAUGCUGCUGGUCCUGAGGAAGAUUAGUUGCUCCUAUCUAUUGCUUGUAAAUCAUCAUCCAAUUUUAAAUUUUGGAUGUUUUGCCUUUUAGUCUUUGAAUGAUGACUGUUAUCUCUAUUAGUCGUGCUUGGUUUAUCAGUUCAAGUAAAUUAUACAGUAUGACAAUGAUAAACUUAGUUGUUAUGACUUAUGGGUAAUAAUGAACUGUUUUUAACCCGGGCAUCGCCUCGGUCAUUUUUUUAUUAUAAUAAAUGUAUUAUCUAUUUUUACGAAUA